AUGCGCGCGCGAACUUCAUACGGUAGCCGGCAAUUAAGAGCUUUGCCUGGCCUUAAUACAACGAAAAGUCGUACUAUUCAAGGUAGUGCGCAAGAAGAACCAAUUAAACCUGUAAAUCUUCAUGAAAUUCGCUUACAAAUAUUAACAAUGCAAGAACAAACUAAAAAAUAUCGUUCAAUAAUCGCAAGGACAUCACACAAGAUCGAUUCAAAUACAUCAAUGAUAAACAAAACCUUCGAACAAGCUGCAGAAGGCCCUGCAGGAAAUUCAAAUCAUAAAAGCACUAUAGAAAUGCUUAAACGCAGCGUUGAAGGAUCUAAAACACAUUUGGAAGAUCUUCAGCAACAAAUUGAAAAGGCAAAAACAGAUGAUCGUUAUUGGACUGCAAAAGAAUUAGAGCAAGAAGUUGCAGUUGCUUUUAUUGAAAUGAAGCGCGUUCAAGAAGAUUUUGCAGAUAAAAAAGGCCGACAAAAUCAUUACGAAACUAUAUUUAAAGACGCAAAUGCAAUUCAAUCUCAAGAACACAUUUCACAAUUACGCCAAGCAAUCAGAGAAACCAAAGAAUCCAAUGACUCUUUCAGAGAUAAACUAAACGCAUAUCAGAAAAAGAAAGCAAAAGUACAAAUUGAGUAUACGUUACUUGAGAAUAAAGACAAGAAUGUACAGUCUCGCCAAAUAAUAGAAGAAGCUGAAAUAGAGCAAGCAGAAAAUAAUCAAAAAUUACAACAAAAUUACCAACAAAUUCAGGAUAUGCAGAAUGACUACUUAGAGAAAGUCAAUAAGUUAGAAGAAAUAAUCAAUAAUCAAAUCUUAUGUAUUCAGCAAUAUAUGAAAGAACAUGAAGAAGAAUUGAAUCAGAAUAUUAUCGAGGAGUAA